AUGAGGGACGGGCUCGCCGGGAGGGGCAGCGAGAGGGGGCAGCGCCUCGCAGGGGAUGGGCAGCGAGAGGGAAUGGCCGAGCUGCAAGGGACAGAAAUCGGAGUGUGGGUGAGACGAGGAGCUGCCCGAAUUGGGAGGUGCAGGAGCUGGGAGAUCUCGGGAUGAGGGAAAGCAGGAGCUGGGAGAUGCAGGAGUUGGGAGAUGCGGGAUCUGAGAGAUGCAGGAAUUGGGAGAUGCUCGGGAUGAGGGAAAGCAAGAAUUCAGAGAUUCAGGAAUUGGGAGAUGCAGGAGCUGGGAGAUGCUCGGGAUGAGGGAAAGCAGCAGUUGGGAGAUGUUCAGGAUGAGUGAAAGCAGGAAUUGGGAGAUGCAGGAAUUGGGAGAUGCUCGGGAUGAGUGAAAGGAGGAGUUGGGAGAUGUUCGGGAUAAGGAAAAGCAGGAGCUGGGAACUUCAGGGGUGACCCCCCAUCCUGGAGGGGGAUGCCUGCUGUGCUGGGGGUGAUGCUGGGACACCAAAGGCGUUGGGAUGGGGCGAUGCUCCAGGUCAGGAGGACACUGAGGAGCAGGAGACGGAAAUGUGGGGCCGGGGGACAGCCGGGAUGGGCCCAGCCCCCGCUCCCCGCUGCCGCAGCCUGAAGCGCUCCGGGGAGGACAAGGAGCAGCGGCUGGCGCUGCUGGAGGCGGCGAGGGCGGCGGCGGAGCGGGAGGUGUCGGAGCUGCGGGCGGCGCUGCGGGGGCUGGAGAGCGCCCGCCUGGAGAACCGCCGGGAGCUGCAGGAGCUGCGCCGACAGGUGAAGGAGCUGGACAGCGAGAACAGCCGGCGGGGCAGGGAGCUCGGGGAGCUGCAGGCCAGGGUGGCCCUGGAGGAGCAGCGGGAGCAGCGGAGCCGCCGCGAAGCCUCCGGCCUCAGGCAGAAGGUGGCGGAGAGCGAGGCCGGCACCGAGGCUGCCAGGAAGGAGGUGUGGGAGUCCCCAAAAUCCCAUUGCGGGCGUCCCACAUCCCCAAGUGUCCCUGUCCGCCCCAGAGCUGGCUGUCCUGGGGCUGGUGGUGUCCCUGUCCCCUCAGGCCCAGCCUGUUGUCCCCAGUCAUAGCCAUCGCUGUCGUAUCCGGUGUCCCUGGGUGUUCCCAUUGCUCCAUCCCCGCAUCCCUGAGGUUCCCUGGGACCCCACUGCUGCAUCCCGUGUCCUUACGGGUUCCCCACCCCUCCCAGUCCCAU